ACUUAAUCUGAAUAUUAGUGAUCGAGGACAUAUUGAAUCGCGAUCGCGAAAUUCAAAUUGCAACGUAUAAUUCAAAACAACAGUUUGCAGUUCCCGCACUCGGUUUAUCAAAAAAAUAAAACAAAACGUAGAUCGUUUAGAAGUUUAAAAACAUAAUUAUUUCACUGACUUGUGCUACUUCCAGGGAACAUGGACCCUCUAACAGAGAAAUUACUCGAAAGAGCAAGGGCAAGACGAGAGAAUUUAGCCCGGAAGAUGGCUGAAUCUAAUAUGUCUCCUCGAAAGACAACAGCUACCACGGCACCAGCUCGGAUGCCCCUGAGGGAAAAUCAGCUGCACAAUUUAGAACCAAGGGGUUCACCAGUGAAGGCGAGAAGCGAAGAGCUUGCACUAAAACCAGACACACCGGCAAUUCCUUCUGUCAAGAGCAGAUUACAUCGCUUGGCUGAACAAAGACAAGACUGGAAUGUUUCAAAUACAUGUGGAACAGAAGUGGACAGUCCUAAGAAUGUACUCCCUCCAAAACGACCAGACUUUGAGGAAGAGGAGGUAGCUCCAGCCCCUAAGGCACCUAUUUCACGUCGAUCCAGAUUCGCCGCCCUUGCUGCCAAUAUUAACAGUUGGGAAGAUGACACAAACCACCCUAAACAUGAUUUUCCAAAGGAGAAGCCAGCCACUCGCAAGUGGCAACCGCCGAAGAGACAAGAGCCAGUUGAAGAACCUACUCCAGUCCCAGCCAAACGCUCUGCCCCCACCACCUUUUCCCAAGCAAGCCCUGCUGAGAUAUCAGUCCCCUCUACACAGCCCUCUCCUCCAAAACGCACUAAAUAUGAAGAGAAGGAGAGCACGCUCCAAAGAGAGCCAAGCGGCAAAGGUAAGGCCCAAUUCAAAAGCAUUCCAUAUGACUGGCACUCUUCUACCAGGAGUGGCCAGAAAACUCACUCCACCUCCAUCACCAAGUGUCCAUCUAAGAUAGUGCAUGGUACUAGUAGUCAAGACACCUCAUCUAAAUUAUCAUCCUCCUCAUUCAAAACCGUAAUAACCGUGCAGUCCAGCAAGAAUAGUCCCGUCAAGAGACCUAAAUCUCCCCUCUCUGGUCGCCUAUUUGUUGCAGUGGGCACCAGGAAACAGUCUUCAUCUUCUGACGAAUCAGACAGCUCCUCGGAACAGCCGGUGCCUGCUCCUCGAGCCGCCAAGACCGAUGGGCCAGCCGCUAAAAGUCCUGUGAAGACACACGUCACAACUGCAACACCAGUGAAACGCCCCAUUCUGCAGUCCUGCACACCAGCAACCCCUAAGAUUGAAUCGCCCCGUAAGCAGGCGAGCAUUACAGUGUCCCCCAAGAAAGCUGUCACAAAAGUCGCGUCCUCUCCACUAAAAUACAACUUUCCCAUCAAGAAAUCCCCUAUCAAACAGCAAGCUAUCAGGUCUUCACCUGUCAAACAGGUCAACAAGGCAAGAAACACUCCCCUUGCCAAGAGAGGGGCAACUUCGCAGAAGUUUGCACAAGCGAGGGCGCUGCUGGAGCAGGGCUGUGGUGGGGGCGGGGCAGCAUCCAGGCAGAGUCCUGUCAAGACCACUCCGAGGGUUGGAGCCAUGGCUCAGCGAAUCCAGGAUCGACUGAAGGCAGACCAGAGCAACUGGCAGACAAAUGCUAUCAACAAGAAAGUACAGGAGGAGAGACAGAAAGAGAUGGCCCUCGUAAAAGCACGUUGGGAAGGACAAGUAGCAGGAAGUAGUGGAACAAAGGAAGAGGUCAAAUCCACAUUAGUCCAAGAAGAGGAAGCUAUUGAUACUGAAGAGGAAGAGGAGAUGCCACAAGACGUAGAGACGGAAGAAGAGAUGGAUACAGAGUCUUGUGCUGAUGCAGAUGUGAGUGAGUCUAACGCAGAGGACGACUACAACACCGAAGAAGAUGAGAUCAUCCCUACCCACACUGAAGGACAAACUAAUCAACCUGGCAUUGUUCAAAUCACAAUGGAAAGAUCGGCUGCUCCCACCAACGAUCGUCUAGAUAUCAUUGAUGAUGAGAAUGCUGACGAGAGUGAAAUCAACAUCAGCGAUGUCCUUGGCGACAUCGAUGAACUCAUCGUAGAGGCCGAGCAAGCUAUGAAGGAAGAAGAGAAGGCUAAGGCCGAGAAGAGACAGGAUGUUGAGAAACCUACGCAAGCUACAACAUCCAAGGCAGAUUUAUCUGGAUGGGAUUAUAACAUUGACAAUAUGGAGCCAAUUUAUGCAAACUUAUCAGAAGUUACCAACUCAGCCUCCUCGUCAUCUCAGGAUGAGGGAAACCCUGUCCCUGCUCCGAGAACCAGACGCAGGAGCUCCAGUGUGGGCUCCGUCGAUUCCUGCAUCUCGACUGCAUCCUCCCUGGCCCCGAUCAGCCUUGAGAGCUACCGGUCCCAACAGCAACAGAAGACCCUGAGCCCAACCACCGUCACCCACCGCACCGUGACCAGGGAGACUGCCUCCAGGACGGUCAUCCGGGAACCGUCCUCGGCCUCGAGACCGAGGUCCUCGUCCACGUCAUCGGCGAUGUCGUCUGCGUCUUCAUCUAGGGGUAAUGACAGAAGGCAUCCCCAGCAGCAGGGUAGGCAUCAGAAUGAUCAGAAGAGAUUGGUGGCCAAGAAAAUGAGCACCAAGGAGAGGAUACAGAGGUUAAUGGAAGAGGUAUCAGCCCAACAGAGUAUCAUCCACCAGACCAGCCAGGCAUUGGAACUCAUUGCUGCUACAGAGGAAUAUCACGGCACCAAGGAGGAGAUAGAGGCAGAGAGACUACUUGUCGUUACCACCCAGCGCCGCCAGGCCUGCCUGUCGGAGAUCCAGUACUUGAAGAACCCAGUAACCGUCCCAAAGAUCAUCAUGACUGAAGAUGGAGAGGAGAUUGUACCGUGCAGGGGAUCAGUCACAAUCAAAGACAUCAGAUUACCACUCAAGACUCAGUACCUCAUGGCUUUAGACUCGGGCAAAGAUCAAAUUCACCACAGUUUCUUUGUGAUAGUGAGAUGUCAGGAGCAUGUGAUUGCCACUCAGAUCCUAUCUACUAGGGAGAUCAGCGGGGACUGUCUUCAUUUUACAAACCUAGUCUGCCUGAAUGAUCUUGGUAGUGAUUUCACCAUUGAGCUACUUGUGUAUGAGAUGAGAGGAAGAUGUGCUACCCUCGACGCAGUUCAGAGCAAGAAAGCCGCUACCAUGAAACACGGAUGGAGCCUCACUCCGAAGAAAUUCAAAGGAGCAUCCAACUUCAGGCAAGGAGGCCGUUACCCACAAUCACCCGGUCCAUCAGGCCAGAGUACAGUACGACAGAACAGCUUUGCCAUGGUGGGCUCCGCUAGGCUAAGUCUAGCCAGCUGUCAGCUCAAGAAAUGCACCCUCACCAAGGUUCCCUUCCUGUCACCCCUCGAGGGCGCCAUUCACCUGACCAUGUCGUGCCACACAGACAGCCAGACCCAUGCGGAGGGUUUCCUGACAAUGUUUGAUGACUGCAGUGGACUGGGUAUGUGGCACAGGAGAUGGUGUGUCCUGCAUGGUGGAAACCUCUCGUUCUGGAAAUAUCCUGGCGAUGAAAAGAAGAAGCCACCCAUUGGUACGAUCGACCUGAAGUCGUGUAUCACAAGGGAAGUGAAGCUGAUCUCUAGAAUACACUGCGCCAGACCCAACACCUUUGAGCUCCAGACCAGCCGACCCUCCAGCAAGGCAGAUAGGGAUACCCUGGUCUCCAAAAACACCAACUCAUACACCUUCACAAAGCAUCUCCUAUCAGCAGACACCAAAGAAGACCGGGUGGAAUGGACAACCUCCCUCAACAAGACUCUCCUGGAGCUGAGGUUGUGGUGCAAGGAUGCUGUCAGGCCAAGCCAUGAAUGAAAAUACCCAAUCUCGCCACAGAUGACCUGGUGAUGAGGUUGAGGGUAGUGUUAUACCAAAGCUGUGAAUGAGGCCAGCCUAAGAUCUGUCAUUUAUCAUGAGCAUUUCAUUAUAAAAGAAACAUCAGCCAAACACUUAGACAAAAUAAUGAUGUAUAGCUUGUCGCCGAAUAUCCAAAAUUCUCACAAUAGUUCUUUUUAAUAUGUAGAAUGUAUGUUGUGUAAACGCUGUUUAUUUAUUGCAUUUGGGCUUUGACAUUUUUACUUGAUGAUAUGCAUGGAUAGGAGCACCAUAAGGGAUAGCCAUGUGUAGUAAGGAUUUUUUUUUCAUGUGGAAACUUAGUAUGACAAAUUGAAUGCAAGAAGUCGACAUUUUUAGUUCUUGUCAAAUGAUAUAAAAAGAGUGGAAAGGUACUCACCCCCUAUUCGGGAAUGAAAAUGUAACAGCUAAGUAUUUCUAGUGCAUUUACGACUUUGGGGGCUAAUUAUAGUUGAAAACUGAUAAGGUCACAAGGACAUUACUUCACAUCAUUGACAAAUUGAUUUUUCCAUGUAUUUUUCCCACUAUUGAUAAGCUAUAUUUUCAAGGUUAGUUUAGGUCUAGUAUAAUGAUCUUAUCUAUUCUUUCAUUUUUGAUGGAGGCAAGGUUAAUUUAUAUACAAAGUCUCUCCUGCGCUCAUGUAUCAUCAAAGCAGGUAUGUAAUGUAACAGUAUUUAUUGGGUAUUCCUAUUAGUUGCUUUUCUUGCUUCUUUGAUUGAAAUUAGAUUAUGUGAUAUUACUUGCCUUGUAGUAGCAAUCCUAGAUCUAGUUGAGUAGAUGGUACAAACUGCUUUACUGGUAUUUGAAAAAUUAUAUAUAUAUAUUGAUAAUUGAUAUGGAGAUGUAAUAAUAAUAACGGAAUAUUUACCCAGGGUAGUCACUUCAGUUCCGAAAACUGUUCUCCCAGUGGGCCCUGCUAUUAUUAUGUACAAAACAAAAAGCAAAUGGUUCCUAACUGUUCCACCAAAUAGUGUUCUUAGCCCAAAAUUCAUGAAUUAUAGUGUAAGUAUCUAUCUAAAUUUGGUCCUGGGUUAGAUUCAUCAAAGACAGAAAUUCCUUGUCAGUUUAGGGUUAAUAGUUUGCUAGUAUUUGGAAAAUGUACUUAUGAUAAAGGGAUUAUAAACUAGAUAGGUGGGAGCUUGAAAUAUUUAUUUGAACCAACAUUUUAAUCAUUGUAUACUCCUUUUACUUACAAUUAGCGACAUGAUAUAUUUUACACAUAUUACAUAGGAACAAUUAUACAUUGAGCACUGAGAGUGCAGAUUUGUAAUCAAGUGCACCAUCUAAGGAAUGUUGUUAGGAUCACAGAAAAUGGUUAGUGGAUGAUAGUGAGGUGUUAGUGUUGGUGUUAAUGCGAAUCAGCCUGCUGAACUGAGCUCCAACACUAGCUGGAUGUAGAGAAACAUUGGGCACCAAUUGCAUUACUGAAAGCUUAUCACUACAAAAUGUCUACACCAACACCAGCUUUUGAAACACUGAUUCUGGUAUCACCCACUGCUUUGAAAGAUAAAGAUGUUAGUUUUUGGACUGGACCCUUUGGAAUGGUGCAAUAGGAUGGAGGCAGGAUGGAGGUUUGUUGGGUUUGAAACGAAAGUGAAGCUAGUUCUAAGUAUCAAUUUCAUUAACUUGUUAACAUGUAAUGUGUACAUUCUCUGUUAUUAAGUAUGAUUUUGUAAUUCAAUUCAAAUAUUUUUUGUUAAUAUAGGUGUGUACAUAGGAAUAUAUAUUUUAAUCAAUUUUGUGUAUGUUUGGAUGAAAAGGAAAUGUGGGUAGGUUGGGGUUAUGCGAUCGGGCUCUGCUCAUCCUAUUGUAUAUUUUGCGAGUGUGAAACAGGUGAAGAUGAGAUAUGUAACUGGAAAUGAAAUUAUUUGUGCUGUAAGGUAAUAAUUGAUUACAAGUGGAGUGCCUCUGGCAGUCUCUCCUCCAUUGUGCCAUUCAAUGUAGCGGCAGUUUUUACUUCAAAAGCAACUUCAUGUAAAAUAAAUAAUUCUUCAAAAAGAGAGAAAACAAAUCAAUUUGAUAAUAAAUUCCUGAUUUCUGAAUACCCGUUUACCAUUAUAUCCAUGUUUAACAUACUGAAUGAUAAUUUCAAAAUCUUAACCUUGGUUACUUUUUUGAUGUUGACACUAAAUGAACUUGAUCAUGUGACCUGCAACUUAUGCCGCAUGAUCAGUGAUGUUCAAGUUCUAUGAAACAGGACCGGUUAUUUCAAUGUUGACGCCACCGUCUGAAAAGCGGCCCCUAUAAGUCUUGCUCUGUUAUGCAGGCCAGACAAUAAACAGAGGAAAUAUUUGAUGUUUCAAUGUCAUUAAAUGCACAUUUCUGCUAUUUUGCAUUGCAUAAUGCGGUAAGACUAGUCCAGAGGUGUUCCACUUGUGUGUUGAAUCAUUUACUAUCAAAUAUGUGACUUAAUAUACUACUCAUGAGCCCCUUUUUUAUGUGUUUUAUGAUGACUAAUGUGUAGCUCCAAAUAAUCUUUCUGUGAGGAAAAAAAAAUUAAAUCCCUUAAAAAAUAA